CGUAAGAGGAAACACACUAGGAAAAAAAAAAGAAGAAACCGAAGUUCAAAUUCUUACUAUUGGCUUUCUUGGCAUCUUUUCACAUGCGAGCCUGCCUUCUUCUUCUUCACCGUCUUGUUCUUGGUUUCUUUUGACUGUUUAGUUUUAGUUGUCAUGGCUGUUAUUAAGGGGCCGUUUCUGGUUUUUACAUUAGCCACAGCCUUUGCCGGUUUCAUUGGCUGCGCUGUUUCCUAUGACCGUCCUCUUGCUCGCAAGGACAUUUCCAUGCCUCAACCAAAAGAGCUUUCCCCCACGUCUCCUCAACAGGUGCAUAUAUCUGCAGUUGGUCCAGAUAGAAUGAGGAUAUCUUGGAUUACCGAAAGCUCAGCUCCAGCAAUAGUAGAGUAUGGUACAUCUCCAGUGGCGUAUUCAGAAUCUGCAACUGGAAGUACAUCUUCCUAUGAUUACCUUGUAUAUAAAUCUGGUGAAAUUCAUGAUGUAGUCAUUGGUCCAUUGAAUCCGAACACGGUCUAUUACUACCGUUUGAGCUCGGAUUCAACCCGUGAGUUCAGCCUCAAAACCCCUCCAGCUGACUUUCCAAUUAAAUUCGCUGUUGUAGGUGAUCUUGGCCAGACAGGGUGGACAAACACAACUCUCGCACACAUAGGACAAUCGAAUUACGACAUGUUGCUACUGCCAGGGGACUUGUCUUACGCUGAUUUUUUACAACCUCUUUGGGACUCAUUUGGGCGCCUGGUCGAGCCACUGGCUAGCCAACGGCCCUGGAUGGUCACACAAGGGAACCACGAAGUAGAAAAGAUCCCCAUCGUACAUUCCACACCCUUCACAGCCUACAAUGCAAGAUGGCACAUGCCAUUUGAGGAAAGCGGUUCCAAUUCCAACUUGUAUUAUUCCUUCGAUGUUAGCGGGGUCCAUGUUAUCAUGCUGGGCUCUUACACAGAUUUUGAUCCUGAUUCGGAUCAAUUCAAGUGGCUACAAGCUGAUUUGAGGAAGAUUUACAGGCGAAAAACUCCAUGGAUUGUGGCGAUUAUCCAUGCGCCCUGGUACAAUAGCAAUAGUGCUCAUCAAGGGGAGCCUGAAUCAGAUCUCAUGAAGGAAAGCAUGGAAGGAUUACUUUACAAAGCUGGGGUCGAUAUUGUUUUUGCUGGGCAUGUACAUGCUUAUGAGCGCUUUACCCGUGUUUACAAUGGAAAAGCUGAUGAUUGCGGUCCGGUGCACAUCACAAUUGGGGACGGUGGCAACCGCGAAGGUCUAGCUAGCGAGUAUAUGGAUCCGAUGCCUGAAAUAUCCAUGUUCAGGGAAGCCAGCUUCGGGCACGGACAACUUGAGGUGUUGAACGCAACCCAUGCAGUCUGGAAAUGGCAUAGGAACGACGAUGAUGUUUCAGUUGUUGCUGACACAUUUUGGUUUAGAAGCCUCUCAUCUGAUCCUGCUUGUAAAGUGUAAAAUAUGUUAAGGAUUUAUUUAUCCAUUAACACUGACGCUUAAGGCAGAUCCAGAAAAGAGAGAAUAUGUAGAAUUGUACGACAAUAUUGUCAUAAAAACACAAUAAUGCAGGUGGAAACAUGAAUAGAAAAUUGUUUCUGUACAGUGUAUUUGUUGAAAAAAUUAUUCUAUACAUUGGUUGUGUUUAAAA